GAAAAACAGAUUAAUUAUGAGUUGUGAAAGAGAGAAAAUGAGAUGGAUGAAGUCGGCUUUUCUAGGAAGCAUCUUCGUCGCAACUCUGCUCACCAUUGCUCUUCAUCAAACGAACAAUCUUCAUCUCGUAGAUACAUUUGGAUUCCUUCUAGAAGAUCAACACCACCCUCAGAAACAAAAUGAUGAUGAUAAUGAUGGGUGCGAUUUGUUUUCAGGCAGAUGGGUUUUCGACGACGUGAACUACCCUUUGUACGAGGAGGGGAAGUGCUCUUUCAUGAAGAAUGAGUUCGCCUGUCAGAAACAUGGUAGAAAGAAUGUUGAAUAUCAGCAAUGGGCGUGGAAGCCUCACAAUUGUCAACUUCCCAGGUUUGAUGGGAGGAAAUUGAUGGAGAAAAUAAGGGGGAAAAGGGUUGUAUUCGUGGGGGAUUCUUUGAAUAGGAAAUCAAUGGACGUCAAUGCUUUGCCUUAUUGAAUCUUCUCUCGAUCAAUCGUCCAACAAAACCACCGUCAAAAAAGAUAAUUUGUUUGUAUUGUAUGCAACUGUGGGUAAUUAAAUUCUGUUUGUGUGUGUUGACAAAAAAUAGUUAAAUAUUUUUAAAAAUAUAUUUAUUCAAAAAAUUUGGUUCAAAAUAAAAAAAAGGAUAAUUAGUUAUUGUUUUCUUCAUUGUAGUUUUAUAAAUUUUAUUGUUUUUCAAUUAAAUCCUUUUGAUUCAAAAUAAAAAAAAGGAUAAAUAGUAAAAGUUAAAAUAAUUAUUAAAAACCAUAAUAUGGAGAAAAUAAUCAAUCUAACUAACUCCUUUUUAAAUUUGAACCAACAAUUUUAAAAGUAUUUAACAUUUACUUGUGCCACUUUUUUUUUUUUUGGCAAAUAACACUACUCAUUAUAUAUUAUUAUUACUACUAUUAUUGUUGAAGGAAUACAAUGCGACGAUCGAGUUCUAUUGGUCUCCGCUGCUGGUGGAAUCGAACGCUGACGAUCCGUACCACCAUAACACAAGAAAUAAUUUAAUUUUGAGAAUUAAUUCAAUCGAAAAUCAUGCGAGGCAUUGGAACGAUGCCGACAUACUCAUCUUCGACAACUUUAUGUGGUGGAUUAAGUACAACAUCACUCUCCGAUGGGGAUCAUUUGGGAGUAGUGACGCCAUUAGCAAAGUAGUAUUAAAGGACGCUCGUCAUUACGAAAUAAGCAUGCGCACGUGGUCGGAUUGGCUCGAGCUCAACGUCAAUCGCACCAAAACAAAGCUCUUCUUCAUGAGCCUUUCGCCCUUUCACACAAACGGCGAACAUUUUGACGGGCAUUCAUGCUACAACGAGACGAAGCCGGUUUCGAAGAAGGAUUACUGGAGCAUUCAAACGGAUCGCGAGAUGAUGGGAAUAGCAGAAUCAACAAUAGAGAGGCUGAAGGGGAGAGGGUUGCAUGUGCAGUAUUUGAAUAUAACACAUUUAUCGGAUUAUAGAAGAGAUGCUCAUGUUUCCAUGUCUAGGAAUUUAUCAUACUUAAAAAAUAGAGAGAGUCUAAUAAAUAACCCUCAACAAUAUGCAGACUGUGUUCAUUGGUGUCUCCCAGGAGUUCCUGAUGUGUGGAAUAUCAUUCUUUACCAUUACAUUAUUAACACUUAAUUAAAGUGGGAGAAGAUGAGUUUUA